UGCCUCCCCUCGGCCUUCCCCGUGGUCCUGAGGAUGCCCGCGCUCCUGCAUUUCCCGUGCACCGGGCUGCCGGUAGCUCCGGCAGCCCAGCCCCCGCGGCAGCAACAGCAACAGCAGCAGCAGCACCGGGGGAGCCCCCCAGGCGGACUACAAGUCCCGGCAGGCCGCGCGCGGGCCGCGCAUGCGCAGCGGGGACCGGCGUUUGAGUGGCAAGUUGUUUGUUACAGCGAACGCCAGCUGCUCCCCGCGCCGGGCGACGCGCGCCGCUGCUCCGCCGCUCGGCCCCUCGGCUGCUGCUCCGCCGGCGCUGCCUCCCUCGCCCCGCGGCUCCCCCUCGCAACUUGGCGGGCCUCCUCCCUUUUGUCCGGCCCGGCCGCCGCCGCCCCCCGCGCCCGGCGCCGAGCUCCCGGGUCCCCGGGCCGGCUGUCGGUGCCGGCAGGGCGCGGAGGGGGCGGGGGCCGCGGCUCGUCCCCCCGCGGAUGAGCCGCCGCGGACGGGGCGCGGGCGGACGAUGGAACUCCACAUCUUGGAGCACCGGCUGCAAGUUGCCAGCGUCGCCAAGGAGAGUAUCCCGCUGUUCACCUACGGCCUGAUCAAACUUGCCUUCCUGUCCUCCAAGACCAGGUGCAAGUUCUUCAGUCUGACUGAGACGCCAGAGGAUUACACUAUCAUUGUCGAUGAGGAAGGAUUCCUAGAGCUACCCUCCUCGGAGCACCUGAGUGUGGCAGAUGCCACCUGGCUGGCCCUGAACGUGGUGUCUGGCGGUGGCAGCUUCUCCAGCUCCCAGCCCAUCGGCGUGACCAAGAUCGCCAAGUCGGUCAUCGCCCCACUGGCCGACCAGAACAUCUCCGUGUUCAUGCUGUCCACGUAUCAGACAGACUUCAUCCUGGUGCGCGAGCGGGACCUGCCCUUUGUCACCCACACGUUGUCAUCAGAGUUCACCAUCCUGCGGGUCGUCAAUGGCGAGACUGUGGCAGCCGAGAACCUCGGCAUCACCAACGGCUUCGUGAAGCCCAAGCUGGUCCAGAGGCCGGUCAUCCACCCACUGUCCAGCCCCAGCAACAGGUUCUGUGUCACCAGCCUGGACCCCGACACGCUGCCUGCUGUUGCCACACUCCUCAUGGAUGUCAUGUUCUACUCCAAUGGAGUGAAGGACCCCAUGGCCACUGGGGAUGACUGCGGCCACAUCCGCUUCUUCUCCUUCUCCCUCAUUGAGGGCUACAUCUCCCUGGUGAUGGAUGUGCAGACGCAGCAGAGGUUUCCUAGUAACUUGCUGUUCACAAGUGCAUCUGGAGAGCUCUGGAAGAUGGUCCGGAUUGGAGGACAGCCCCUGGGGUUUGAUGAGUGUGGCAUCGUGGCCCAGAUCUCGGAGCCCUUGGCUGCUGCGGACAUCCCAGCCUACUACAUCAGUACUUUCAAGUUUGAUCAUGCACUUGUCCCAGAAGAGAACAUCAAUGGUGUCGUCAGUGCCCUGAAGGUCAGCCAAGCAGAGAAGCACUAGAAGGGUCUCUUCUGCUCCUCCCUGCCGCCGCCCAGGCCCAGCCCUAACCCUGAAGAUUGAUCUUGCAGUAUUUCUCUACAGACUGGAAAAUCAGCCUGGGGACCCUGAGGAAGGGGCCUCUGUGGGAGACUCCCUCGAUUGCCAGUCCCUCCAGGGCAGGGGCCCACGCCAAGGCCUCUCCAUGCCCUCCUGCCUUCCCGGAGCCCCCGACCCUCCAGAGAACGACCUUUCUCUUCUCCACCUCCCCCACCCCAGAAAAUGCUUUCAGAGGCCCAGGGAGCUUGUGAGCUGAUCCACCUUCUCGUCCGGCCUCACCCACGGCCAGGGGCAGAUGCCAAGGGAAGCCGGUCCCUCCGAGACACCAGUGUACCAGCUGUCAUGUCACCUUGCAGGGCUGGGGCUGGUGGGGUGGGGCUGAGUUUGGGGUGCCCCAGAGGGUUUGGGGGUGAGUACCGUGGUCACUGGUCUCUGCUUCCAUCAGCUCAGGGCUGGUUCCCUCGGAGUGGAGGCCAGCAUGGCCCCCUCAGGUCAUCGGGGCUGGUGAGGCUCAGACAGGAAUCCAGGUGGGAUCCCCGAGCUGGGAAGGACCCAGACUCCCCCUGUACCUCGCCUGCCAAUCACAGGGCCUGGGCCCGACUCCCAGCAAGACUGCCAAGAGGGCCCUGUCCAGAGCCUCCCCCACAAGCACUCAGUCCUUGGGGGAGGAGGGAGGGUCCCAGGAGACCCACCAGCCUGGAGCACCAGCUCCUGUCCCCUCGGCUCUCCCUGGACCCGACUUGGGCAGGUAGAGCCUCAGCUUCCCCCAGCAGGGACAUCCCUGGCUUUCCGGGCCUGAGGUUUCUUAGGUGGUGUCCCACCUCCCCAACAGUCAACUAGACCAGCAUAGGACUCCCCACCGUCCUCCUUCCUCCUCUGCCCCAACUCACCCGCCUGCCUACCCGCCCCCUCGGUUGGCGGCUGUGGCAUUCAUGAGUACUUGACCCAGGAGGCAGCUUAACUGAGCCUUAAUAGAGAAAACCAUACUUCGUUUUAGUUUCUUAUUUAACGUAUUUGCACCCAGGCUGCUCUUGGCAGUAGUUUCUGUUUGGCAGGGAUAGGACCUAUUUGAGUUCUGUCAAGGGGGUCUGGAGGCUCCGUGUCACUAGGCUGGUGCUCUGUGGCUCCAGGGACAGGCAGUGGGAGUCGGGAGAUGUCACAGGAGCCUUGGCCCUCUCUUCUGAAGGGAAGCUGGGAGCAGAGAUCUGUUACAAGACGCUGGAGCCGCUGGCACCCUACAUGGGAACUCCCAACCAGCUGUGGUUCUAUCUGAGCAGCAGAGGGGAUGAGGGAACCCGAGCACCAUGAGGAGGUGGACAGCCGGGUGGCAGGCCAGCUGAGUGGUCAUGUCCAGGAGGCAUGGGGUUAGCUGUAGUGUCCCUUCCAGUGGGGUGGUUUUCUGAAUGAGCAGGCCCAAGGGCCCCUGUGGCUUUGGCUCUGGCGGUUUGUUUUUUGUUUUUGAGGUGGGAAUCUGGCUCUGUCGCCCAGGCUGGAGUGCAGUGGCACGAUCUUGCCUCACUGCAACCUCCUCCCAGGUUCAAGUGAUUCUCCUGCCUCAGCCUUCCGAGUAGCUGGGGUUACAGGCGCGCACCACCACGUCUGGCUAGUUAAUUGUAUUUUUAACAGAGACGGGAUUUCAUCACGUUGCUCAGGCUGGUCUCGAACUCCUGACCUCAGGUGAUCCGCCCGCCUCGGCCUCCCAAAAUGCUGGGUUUACAGGCGUGAGCCACCACACCCAGCUGAGUUGUGCUGUUUUUGUGGUCAGAGGAGAAGGGAUAUUUUCUAGUCCUGGCAAAGUGCUCCCCACUUCUCUGAGCUGCGUGGGACCCUCUGAGCCCUGGAAGCCCACCAGAUGGAGAAGCUGUUCUUUAAAAUCCUUGUGGGUGUUCGAGGCCCACCACAUUAAUUAGAAACCAAUUUUUUUUUUAAGUUAAUUCGUUUUGCACAAAACUCCAAAACAAAACUCAUACAUUGCUGGUCCCAAAAGGGAGGUGGCCGAGUGGGGCAGGGCUGCAGUGGAAGCCCUGAGUCCCCCUUCUGACCUUGCAAGGCCUUGAUUUUCCUUUCUGUCAUUUCCCCUUGACGGUGUCACUUCUCUGCCUUUCCUUCCUGCCAUGCAAGUGUGUCGGCCCCGUAACCCGAGUCAUGUGUCCCCUAGACUUCCUAGGACGUAUCUAUUGUACACACCUAUAAAUACCUGUGUUUUAUGUUGAUAGAGAUAUAUACUGUAAAUAGCAUAUAUACUUGAGCAAUAUAUAUGUUAAUAUAUACUGUGUGCGCAGUCCGUGGACACAGCCCCCCCGCUGUGUGUGCACGUGUAUGGGUGUGACGGCCUCCACCCCGCGCCGUCUGCCAUGCACGCGGGCACAUUUGAGCCACCAUAUAUUUUUAAUUCAAGUAUAUAGGCAAUACGAUUAUUACAGAAGCCGAUGGGUUCCCUCAGACCUGACUUGAGAGAACAAAGCCAGCAGCUCAAAGAGCCCGUGACAUGGGAUGUGGAAUGGGUGCCGAGAGCCCGCUGUGGUGUGGGUCAUGCCUCCUGCAACCCACUUUCCCCAGCCAAGGUCCCUGGGCGCCCUUGUUUUAUUUGGGGGGACAUUGAUCCCGAGCGAGGAGUAUUUGGAAUUUCUUGCUUUUAACCAGAAUGCCCCCUCUCCCCUGCCCCCGCCAGCGGCCUCACCCUGAAGACCUGGGCCUGCUGAAUGGGCCACACGCUGCCUGCAUCCCGCCUCCGUGGGUGGCACUUUUUACGCAGGCGGCUUCUUUGUUUUUUUGUUUUGUUUUGUUUUUUAUAACCUGCAAGCUUAGAAAUCUCAGGUUCUGCUCCCGGGGCUGCUCCUGGGGACUGGCCUCGUGUCAUGGAGAAAAGCAUGCGUGUCGGGGCACGCUGGGGCCAGGGCAUGGCUCUCCGCCCUGGCUGGCUCUGCAGGGGUGGUCCCUGUUCCAGCCCGCUCUGUGGGAGCUGCCCCCCAGGGACCCUGCUCCGCGGUCACAGGGGGCCCCUUUAGUUUUCCCGUCCCCAUCCUGCUCGUGUAAAGCUUGGUUUAUCUUCUCGGUGUUCUGUGUGUAGCGUAGUCUUGGUUUGGUCUCCACAGCUCUUCGGGGUGGGGUGUGAGUGUGGUUUUUCCCAGGCAGGGGCCGUCUGCCCUUGUCCCCCAGCCAUCUCUUGGUCUGCUGGGUGGGAGGGUCUCUCCAGGCCCCAGACCCCAUUUGGAGGGGUGUGUGUUUCUCCGAGGGGCUCCAUCCGCAGUUGCAUGGAACUCCUUACCUGUUUGCCGUCUGUCCCCCGGAGGUAAUCAGAGGACUGGGCCUGUUGUCUUGACGCUGGCGGAUGGAGCAGGUGCCUGGCGGGGGAGGAAGAGGGCUCUCUAUGAUGUGGAUUUUUUUUUUUUUUUUUUUUUUUUUUUUGAGAUGGAGUCUUGCUCUGUUGCCCAGGCUGGAGUGCAGUGGCAUGAUCUCAGCUCACUGCAGCAACCACCACCUCCUGGGUUCAAGCGAGUCUCCUGCCUCAGCCUCCCAAGUAGCUGGGAUUACAGGCACCCCCCACCACACUCGGCUAAUUUUUGUAUUUUUAGUAGAGACAGGGUUUCGCCAUGUUGGCCAGGCUGUUCUCAAACUCCUGACCUCAGGUGAUCUGCCCACCUUGGCCUCCCAAAGUGCUGGGAUUACACGCAUGAGACACCCCGCCUGGCCAAUGGGAUUUUUUACGCCACUUCCUGAGUGAAGCACUUUGCAUGGGGAUGGGAAGAAGCACCCCCAACCUUCUAGCCCGCUCUGAGCAGGGCCUGGAGCAUUGGAGACAUUGGUUAGUGUAAUAGGCAGAGCCUGAGUGAGGCCGAUGGGCUUCUCCAACAGAGAAAAUACAUUGGCUUUGGAUACCAUGCUGAGGGAGGGGGUUAGGCCUGGCAGGGGCCCAUUCAAAGGAGGCCGGGCUUGGUGGCUUAGGCCUGUCAUCCCAGCACUUUGGGAGACCAAGGCGGGAGGAUAGCUUGAGGCCAGGAGUAGCCUGGAGCAGAGGCAGGAGUCUGAGGCCUCAGCCAUGGCAUCCAGGGACAUCCUGGUGGCUGAGAAAGCUUGUGGCUGUCGCUACAAGGGAAGAGGAGCUAUGGAAAUUGGAAGUGCAGGGUGGCCUGUGUGCUAGGAGUGGGGAUGCAGGCCUAGAUGUGUUUAUGCACACAUAUGUGCAUGUACGUGUGAGCGUGGAUGUGUUCCUAUGCAUUAGAGUGUGUGUGCGUGCACGUGUGCAGAGCCCACACCUGAGAUAUGGGACUGGCUCUUGGAGUAUUUUGAGUUCUCAGUAGCAGUCUUGCUGUCAGGCCUCGAGUGCAGAAAUGAUUAGGUGAGUGAGGGCAGGACUCGAAUGCAGGCCCUGGCUCCAGGGGAGAGGGUGGGGCAUCUCUGGUAGGAUGGCCUCACCCCACUUGUCAGAACUACUCUGGAGGUGGGCAAAGGUGUCAGGAACAGUUUGAGCAGUUCUGGCUCAGGGUCACUCAUGAGGUUGCUGUUGUCUGAAAUCUUAGCUAAGGAUUGGAGGAUGCACUUCUAACUGAGGCCUGGCUGUAGGCGGGAGGCCUCAGUUCUUUCCCAGGUGGGCCAACCCACGUGGCUGCUUGAGUGUCCUCACAAUAUGGCGCUCGGCUUCCCCCCAGAGCAAGAGAUUCAAGGGCCCAGGGUAAAAAGCCAAAGUGUUAUUUUUAUCCCUAGCCUCAGAAUUCACACUCUGUUGCCUCCACCAUGCUCUGGUGUGAUACAGCCCAGCUCUGAUUGGAAGGGGCUGGGGCUGCCCAUGCUGACUCUUCAAAGGCAUCCCAUCCUGAAGAUGGUGUUCACAGGGAGGGUUUGUGGGGGCCAGUGCUCCCUCAUCUACUGGGGCUCAUUCUGGAAGAAGGUCCAGAAGAAUUGGAGACCCCUGCCCCUCACCCAACUUUGGAGGUGGCAGAGUGAACAGCAGGCCAAGUUCAGGUCCCAAGACAGGCCAAGGCCAGUGCGGUUUCCCGUCCACUGCCUCAUUUUACCUGUAUUCAGAAGACGGUCUAGGAAGAGUUGAGCAGAGUUCCCUCCAAAAGAGUAGGGAGCUGAUAACAGCCCCAAGCCCUCCUCUUUCUCUAUGCCAAAAUCAUUUCCGUUAUCCUGAGAUGGGGGUGAGUGGAUGGAUGGUGUACUGAGGGGCCUCUGCCCUGCCCAGAGCUCCCCCAUCGUAGUGGGGGCAGGGGACUUCCUGCCCAUGGCCCCCUCCAGCCCUCACCUGGCGUGCCCGGGUCACCAGCAGCAGCAGCGGUGUUUCAUCGGUCCCAAGAUCUGGGUGAAGGGGAGAACCUGCCAUCUUAUCCCUACCCCCCGGGGCCCUCAAGCUUAUUUUCUUGUUGAAGAAACACAAAACCCUCGAGAUUCAUGUACUGUAUGUUGGAGAGAAAAAAAUUACCUAAUGUUCCCCCAAAAAAGACAGUAUAUUUUGUACUUUGUAAAGUGUUAAUUAAAAUGAAAAGAAAAAAAGA